UCUGUCAUAGCACCAGAUUGGGUCUAUGCUACAGCCAAAGCCAUGGCAGAUGCAGGAAGCCCCGACUUCUGGGAUAUCAUAAGCAGCCCGGAAGAGAUGGGAAUGUUCAACCUGUUUAUCGAUGGUGUAGCUUAUGAAAGACUCCGUCUUUACUCUCCAGAUCCUAGAAUUUCUGGGCAGGAGCGACAUUACAUGGAUUUUGUUGUGUCUACAAGAGGAAACAAUUUGACAGUAACUGUUGCUCCUGAUAGAACGACAAAUAGUACAAAUGCUACCAUGAACGGGCUGGAGAUAAUGAAGAUCAUUGAUGAAGUUAGAGCCUUGGAUGGAAGGGCUUGCGUGGAAUUAAUAGUUGGAUCUAUCUUGGGUGCUGCAGCCUUCCUAGUUCUCAUUGUAGUAACUUUAUGUUACUUGAAAACUCACAGGUCAAGGGCAGGCUCCAGAGGCACAACCAGAUCAUGUAGGCUUUUCACUUUGCAAGAAAUCAGUGAAGCAACUAACAACUUUGAGGAGGGUCUGCUUCUUGGAGAGGGUGGUUUUGGCAAAGUCUACAAAGGAAUGAUGAAUAACGGGAAAGAAGUAGCCAUCAAAGUGGCUAAUCCCCAAUCAGGACAGGGUCUUCGUGAAUUUGAGAAUGAGAUUGAAUUGCUAUCCAAGCUCUCUCAUCAGAAUCUUGUCUCUUUGAUAGGAUACUGUAAUGAAGACUCUCAAAUGAUUCUAGUCUACGAAUUCUUGGCGAAUGGAUCUUUGAGUGGUCAUCUCCAUGGGACAAACUUUCUUCCUUUAUCAUGGAAGCGAAGACUGGAAAUAUGUGUUGGGACUGCGAAGGCUCUUCAUUACCUACACACAGGGGCUCCUCGAAGUGUAAUCCAUCGCGAUGUUAAGACAGCAAAUAUUCUCUUGAAUGACAAUUUUGACCCAAAAAUUGCUGAUUUUGGAAUCUCAAGAAAAGGUCCUCCUCUGGAUAAGAGUCAUGUAACAACCUUGGUAAAGGGCAGCUUUGGUUAUAUUGAUCCUGAGUAUUUCAGAACAAAAUAUCUCACAGAGAAAUCAGAUGUUUUCUCAUUUGGAAUGGUUCUGAUGGAAGUUAUGUGUGGCAAGUCUGCUUUAGACGACACUCGUCCAACAGAGCAUCUUAAUCUGGCAAGAUGGGCAUUAAGCUGCCAAGAAAAUGGCACCUUUCAUGAGAUUAUAGACCCAUAUUUGAUCGGUAAAGUGAACUUAGAUUCUCUACACAAAGUACGUGAGUUGGCUUGGAAGUGCUUGGAGGAGAGUCGCAUAAAUAGACCAUCAAUGGGGUAUGUACUGUGUGAGCUUGAAGAUGCUCUUCACCUUGAGUUGGCUUUACCAAUUCAGCAAAUUUCUGCGGAUUGUGCCAUCAAUAUGGUUGCAGAGAAUGGAAUCAAGGAUGAAGAGGAACAAGACUUCCCUGCAAAUCUCGUUCUCUCAGUUUAAUGA